AUGCGGCGGCUGUGGGUGCCGCAUCCAGACCUCGUUUGGGCGCCCUGCUGGCUUCAUGACACCAUUGAUGGCAUCGCCACGUUUGGUACUGAAGAGGGUGAGGCUGUGGAGGUCGCCGCCGGGAUCAUCAGCGGGUUGGAAGAAGUUCACCAGCAGCAGGUGGUGGGUUUGGACGAUGUGUGCUGCCUCGACACGGUAACCAAAGCUGCCUUGCUUCAUACAAUCCGAGCCCGAUUCAACAAGCAGUCGGUGUACACCUGGGUCUCCCGCAUUUUGCUGGCGGUGAACCCCUUCCAGGUCUUGCCGCUGUACUCCUCGGAAAUGCUGGACAAGUACAGGUUUGCGAAGGAGGCUCAUGCUCUUCCGCCGCACAUCUUUUCCAUUGCCGCCGAUUCCGUGUCAAAUCUACAGACGUCUUCACGAGACCAGGCCAUAGUCAUCAACGGAGAGUCUGGGGCAGGCAAGACGGAGUCUGCCAAGCUGAUCAUGUCCUUCAUCGCAGAGGCCACAAAGCCGGAUGGCGCAGAGCCGUCACAAAGCAUGCAGGACAAGGUGUUGCGAACGAAUCCCAUCAUGGAAGCCUUUGGAAAUGCCAUGACCGUCCGCAACAACAACUCCUCCAGGUUUGUGAAGUGGUUGAGCUUCUUCGCGCUGGACGGCAGGCUGAUGGGGUGCGAGGUGCAGCAGUACCUGCUCGAGGACACCCGCGUGUGCAGCGUGGCACGGGGCGAGCGCUCCUAUCACAUCUUCUUCCAGGUUCUGCAGGCAGGGCCGCUGUUGAAGGAGUUGGCAUUGGAUGGGCCCGAGUGCUACUCCUACACGAAAGCCGGACAGCUGACGGCGCCUGGCGUGGACGACGGGCAAGCCUUUGAGGAGCUUCAGGAGGCCUUCACCUCCCUGGGCAUAGACGCCGCCAUGCAGGUUCAAAUUUGGCGAGUCCUUGGCGCGAUUCUGUGCCUGGGGAAUUGCAGCUUCGUGAACGAGGAACGCCAGGAGGGGGUGCGCCUCCGCGACGAGAGCCCGGCGCGGAGGGCGGCCGAACUCCUAGGGCUGCCGCCGGAGGAGUUGACAAAGUGCAUGCUGGUGAGAAAGAUCGCGGUAGGCAGAGAGCUGGUGGAGUCUCCCCAACGAGAGGAGCAGGCCAAAUCAUCCAGAGAUAGUCUAAGCAAGUUUAUCUACGCCAGACUUUUUGUUUGGGCCGUCAACUGCUUGAACCAGACUCUCAAGGCCGACGUCACAUCCAGGACCAAAGCUCGUGCCUUGGGCAUCCUGGACAUUGUCACGGGCCCAGCGGGUGAACCUUUUUCAGCAUGA